UGUGUGUGUUUACUGCAGGGUUUGACCUGGGCAGUCUGCAGAUGACCCACAACGAUGUGGCUGAUGUUCUGUUGCCACAAUGGGCCUCGUCUAGAGAAGACUUCAUCAGGAAACACAGGAAAGCUCUGGAYUGUGAACACGUGUCCUCUCACCUCCAUGAGUGGAUUGAUCUGAUCUUUGGCUGCAAGCAGAGAGGGGAGGAGGCGGUGGAGGCUCUCAAUGUCUUCUACUACUGCACCUAUGAAGGUGCGGUGGAUCUGGACGCCAUAGCCAAUGAGACGGAGCGCAAGGCCCUGGAGGGCAUCAUCAGUAACUUUGGACAGACUCCCUGUCAACUACUCAAGGAGCCACACCCUCCUCGUAUGUCAUCAAGAGAAUGCCUCUAGGAGGCAGGCCCGCAUGGACACUCUACCCCCCAACCUGUUUGAACAGCUUGACAAACUACGCCCUUUUAAGGAGGUGGUGUGUGAUGGGCGACCUCUGGUCCAGGCGGUGGUUCCCAGGAACCAGAACCGCUCCUUUAUCAUCCAGGGCUCUGACGUACUGGUGA